UAACUUAAUUAAAUAAUUUAUAAAUAUAAUUGUUUAUAAAUUGCACCAGUAAUUUUUAUUAUAAAAUUCAUUCGUAUAUUUGAUUAAUUUUAGGACACUGAAUUAUUUAAUUGCCAAUAAAUAAAUCUAAAUUAAAAAUAUACUGUGGCAUAAGCAAACGAGGGCUCUUGAUUCAUUCAAUUAUCAAUAAUGGCAAAUAAAUUGAAAGAUGUCAUCAAGAAGUUCUUUUUGCCCACGACAACAGAAAGUAAAUGUGACAUUUUUCUAUGCAAAUUUGUAACAAAAAUUAUGCAUGGAAUGCAAGUCGUAUGAAGGAUCACUUGCUGAACCAGUGCAAACAUCGAGAUCCAUCAGUUAUUUCUCGUCUGAAACCGUUUAUUAAAUUCAAUAAUUCAUUAAAAAUAAGAGAAAAUAAAUUGUCUGUAUCAUUAAACAGUAGUGGUUCGACAGAUAAUUCUUUCAUAACUGAAGAUUCAAGUGAUCCACAAAAACCAACAUCUGCAUCAGAAAGUCCUAAUAAAUGCCAAAAACGUAAAAAUGAUCAAGAACAACGUCAUUAUGAUCAUCAUCAUUCAAAACGAGCCAAAAAAACUGUUAAAAAUUAUUUUGAUACAGUAGCUUUAAAAGAUCAACAACAUUAUGAUAUACUUAUGGCAAAGACCAUUUAUGCUUCUGGUUUGCCAUUGACACUCACUGAAAAUCCUUUGUGGAUUAAAUAUUUUAAAGCUAUUCGUCCAUCACUCAUAUUACCCUCACGUAAUAAGCUAUCUAAUGAUGAAGUAUACAACGAGAUGAACAACAAAGUAAAAGAACUAAUUAAAAAAGCACCAGCUGUUGGUAUCCAAUGUGAUGGCUGGUCCAAUGUAAACAGUCAGGGAGUAAUUAAUUUUAUUGUAACUACACAUGCACCAUUAUUUGUUAAAUCAGUUGCAACUGGGACAAAUAGUCAUAAUAGUGAUUACAUAGCUCAAGAAAUAAACAAAGUAAUUCAUGAAGUUGAUCCAAAUAAAGUUGUUGGAUUGGUUGCUGACAAUGCAAGUGUGAUGGGAAAAUCAAGUAAAAUUGUCACUUCUACAAAACCUUGGAUAUCAUCUUAUGGAUGUGUUGCCCAUAUUUUAAAUUUAUUUCUCAAAGAUAUUGGUUCAUUAAAUUCUGUACAAAAGCUCUUAGAUGUUGCUAAAAAUAUUAUAAAUGAAAUAAAAUCCAACCAAAUAUUGUUGGCAACUUUCGAACAAAUUCAGAAAGAUAAUCCUGAUAAAGUUUCAACCAGCUUGAAAUUACCUCCAAACACACGAUUUGGUGCAAUUUAUUUAUGUUUAAAAAGUUUACUUGUUAACAAACAUAAUUUAAAAAAUUUGGCAGUAUCAAAAAAAGCAGAACAAUACAUGAAACCUUUAACAUCAAAAAUUAUUCUUGAGCAUCCUGAAACAUUUUGGUUCAAAUUAUUCAAUAUCACUGUUAUACUUAAACCAAUACAUAAAUGGAUAUCAAAACUUGAAGGUGAUAGACCAAAUUUAAGUUUAGUAUCAGAGUGUUUUUAUGAAAUGAAAUAUCAUUUGAUAAAACAUGUGGAAACGCCUGUGCUAGAUGCUGGAGAUAAUGAAUUAAUUAUGAAAAAAUUUGAAAAACGUCAAGCAAUGGCUCUUCGUCCUGUUCACUAUGCUGCAAAUAUGUUAGAUCCUUUGUUCAGAGGUAAAAAUUUAGAACCAAAAGAUAUUGAUUUAGCAACAGAUUUUAUUCAUCAGUUGGCUGAACAUUUCAAUUUAAAUAUUGAAAUUUUUACAAUAGAGCUGCGUAAAUAUCUGGAUAAAAUAGGGAUUUGGUCCAAAAGCUACAUAUCAUUAGAAGUAAUCUUCUAAGUCCUUUUGAGUGGUGGACUUCACAGGCUCCUGUAAGUUCACUAAGUACAAUAAGUGCUGCUAUAUUUUCUUUAAAUAGUACAACGCUCUUACUGAAAAGACUUUCAGUACACAUGGUUGGAUCCACUCACGGAGAAGAAAUCGUUUAUUAGUUGAUAGAGCAGCUAAAAUUGCUUUUAUUGUGCAUAACGAAAAAUUAUUUCAAGCCAAAAAAAAAAAUAGAAAAAAAAAAGCA